AUGGCCAUCGCAACGGGUAUCCCAGGUCUUGAAGUCACUAUCGAGGUGGAUGCUGCAGCACUACCAGAGUACGAACAUGGAAUCAUCGAAGAUGAUGAGGUUGCAACCUCUGCAUCCAGAUACAUCGAAGCGCCGCCAGCUGCCAACUUCUGCAUUCGCUAUUUGUUUCGUCCGCCUUUCACCCCGCCCUCGGCAGUGCAGAUGGAUGUAUUGCUAGACGGUAACUACGUGCAAGCACCAUUCGUCGAGUGGGGUGGAAGGGAAGAGUGCGAGGGAUACCUUUGCUCACGAUCCACUUCGUCGACUGGGGGACACAGCUUCACCCAGGGCUUCCAAUUCGCUGAGCUGAGAACUGACGAGACCAACACACCGAUGACGAAGGACCUCGCGGAUCAGCUGUCACCCAUUGGCCGCAUUGUGCUUUACUUCUACUUCAUCGAGCAUCUGGAAGCAGUAUGUGCUUCCCACGCAUUACGAGGAAGGAUGAUCGCUUACAUGGCCGUCAGGCUUACUGCACCCGAGCAACGUGACACUAUCACUUACAACGAAGUCAAGACGACUGAGAACGAGCCUUUCGCAACGUUCACCUUCUACUACAGGUCGACAGAUGCGCUCAAGGCAAUCGGCGUCAUCCCGCGUACCCCAAGCCCAUCUCCGGAGCCAGAAUCAGAGGGUGAAGACAGGGAUCCAGAAGAUAUGACCGAGGAAGAGUUGAGAGCAGUGGUUAGGAGCAUGCGUGAAAAGAACCAGAAAGCCAUCAUUAUCAAGCGCGAACGCGAGGAAGAGCGAGAAGGCAGUGAGGAUACCCUAGUUGGUGACGAGGUCGAGUGGAUCGGUAGUCAGCCGGCACAUCCGAUUGUGAAGAGGAUACGUCGCAUUCCUGGUCCUGAUGAUGAGGUUGUGGCUCUGGACGAUUGA